CAUCACGAUCCACCCAAACCCGAGCUCCGGCCAAAAAAUCCCCUCCCGUCAAAUCCUCGAGAGCCGAGAUGCUCUCCUCCCGCAGUAGCGCCGCUUCUCCCGCGCUCUUCCGCUGUGGACCAUGCUUCUGUCACCUUCAGCCCCAUGGCCGCGCAUCAAGCCCGUGCGCCUGAAUCGCCCCCCGCAGUGCAAAGACCGGCUCUCUCUGCACCGUGGCCGGCGGCCCAGGGCCCAACGGCGGCUCGGCGUGUGCAUGGCUGAGAUGGCCAGGAUUGGGAGCGGGUCAUCGCGGGAGGCGGGGGUGUCUGACGGGGAGAGCGAUCCGAUUCUGCGAGCUGAGUUGCCUGGCCCGGGGCGGGAGGCUGUGAGCUGGUGGACACCCGUCGAGGCGGCGCUGAAUCGGAUGAGUAAAUGGCUGGUUGCUGGUUCCUUUGCUUUUGCAGCUCUUUGGAAGCAUGAUGCUGAGAUUAUGUGGGCUUUGAUGGGUGCGGUUGUGAACACGGUACUUUCAUCAAUUCUUAAGCAGAUGUUCAACCAUGAAAGGCCGGCACCAGCUUUGCGAUCUGAUCCUGGGAUGCCAUCAUCCCAUGCUCAAUCCAUUUUCUAUGCUGCGACGUUUCUAGUUCUUUCAUUGUUCUACUCGCUUGGGACAAAUUAUCUGGCAAUGAUUAUUGGAGCUGCAACUAUAGCAUCAGCCUCCUAUCUAUCGUGGUUACGGGUGUCGCAGGGCCUCCACACACUGAAUCAGAUCAUUGUGGGCGCUACUGUAGGAUCUGCCUUCGGCGCUCUGUGGUUGCUGCUCUGGCAUUUGCAUGUGCAGGAAGCGUUCGCUUCCUCAUUAUGGGUGCAAAUUACAGUCAUCCUUGGUUCAGUAGCGUUUUGCAUUGGCUUCAUCAUCUACAUCAUUCACCACUGGCUCAAGGUUGAAUAGUGGUACAUCUACAGUAGAUUGAUGGACACUGAAGUCUACCAGUCCGAGUAGGUUUUCUCUGAAUUUUCUGGAAAUCGCUCACAGAAGGGAGCUGGUUCAAAGCCUGCUGAACAGAACGCAGAGCAAUUCUGCUUCACUAGCAAUUUUGCCUUACUACAUACUCAACAUCAUUGGUCAUGGGUGGAUCUAGUUUGGGGCCACGAGGGCCCACGGCCAGGGCCCCUACAAACAAUUUACAAGACCUCUUUUACCAGUUCAUAUGAAUGUUGUAUGAUCAAUUUAGAUCAGCUCAACAGUACUCCAACAAGUAACACGUCAUUUUGAUUUAGAUCUGGUGAAUUUUGAAACGUGUGUAGAGUAGACUUUAUUUUCAAAACCUAAAGAAUCUUGCUUAUAUGAGAAGAGAUUAUGGUUCAGAAACCCAAAUAAUAUUGCUGAUCCUUC